AUGCCAAAGGAGAAGUCUACUGCCCGCAAGGCCAAAGGCCGUGGUGUUGAGAAGAAGAAGAAGGACCCCAAUGCGCCAAAGCGUGGUCUCUCUGCCUACAUGAUCUUUGCCAAUGAGCAGCGUGCAGCUGUCCGUGAAGAGAACCCAAACAUCACUUUUGGCCAAGUUGGCAAGGUCCUCGGAGAGCGAUGGAAGGCCCUCAGUGACAAGCAGCGUGUCCCCUAUGAGGAGAAGGCUGCUACCGACAAGCAGAGAUAUGAAGAUGAGAAGGCUGCAUACAACUCCCGCCAGGAAGAAGAAGAAUCUUCUUAA